AUGUCUCCAAAACUUCACACAGAUAUAAUGAUAAACAUACUAGAACAGCUGGACAAUGAAUACAGAACAUUGCAUUCUUGUCUACUUUUAGACCGUCAAAUUUGCAGGAUAGCUGUACAAGUCCUCUGGCGAAGGCCAUUUGAACUACUACGAGAUAGAGCCUGGAUAGUGUAUCCGCAUCUAAUAUCAGUCUAUCUCUCUUGUUUAUCAGACUCUGACAAGAUAACCUUGGCCGAACACAAGAUAUUCCCGCUUAUUUCCAUAGCGCCUUUAUUCGACUAUCCAUCCUAUCUCGAAGAUCUAGAUGAUAGUUUCGUAUAUUAUGCCGUAUCUGUCUGGUUCCAAAAUACAGCCGGAUUCAACUAUCAAGACACGGUUCGAGUGAUUUGGUUAAGUCUAAUGCGAACAUUCGCUCAACGAUGCACACAUCUCCGGAGAUUACACCUUGAACUCUCGCUCUACCAUCCGCCUGCCAUGGCUGCCAACAUUCUCUCGCUAAUCUCACAACAUCAAAAGUCUCUUAAUUCCUUCACGGUCGAAUUCACGAUUUGCGAUCCGGAAUCAAUGAAAAAUAAUGCACGGCUAAUAGCAAAUGUGAUAUUAGUCCAAAAGGCAGGAUUGAAAGAGUUCGAAGUGUGGCAGGGUGAUGUGGAUAUAGAUAAAAUUAUAGCGGCAUUAGAGACGCAGUUACAAACUUUAGUAAAAAUAAGCUUUGGAUUCUGCAGUUUUAAUACGUAUCCAUUGCUUUCGUGGGUUGGUCAUUUUGCAUACAUGAAAGAGUUAAUGUUUGAUAGAUGUUUUAACGUAAGAGAUGGCGAUUUCGAAAUUCUAGAAGCUUUCAUGUCAAAAGUAGUCAAACAUCAAAGGAUUACUUUCUUGGCGAAUGAUAAACAACACGCUAGCGAAACAGGCGAACGUAAAUUAAAUAUUUAG